AUGAAAUCAGGAACACCUAACUCGGAACAAGCCAUUGCCGAAAAAGUGAUAUCCCAGUUGGAGUUGAUAGAAAAACUUUUCGAUCUGAGUAAAAUAAUUCAUAGUUUUGUCGAAGUUAGACUCCUCGUUGAGUUCAGCAAACCAGGAGUAUCGGAGAAAACUGCCGAAGAAGCGGCUGAAAGAAUAAGAGUUCAUGUUACUAAUGGGUUGAAGAAAUGGGCCAACAAUCAAAUCUGUUUCUCAUUUGCCUACAAACCGAGUAAAAACAAACCAUUCGGUCUCACGGUUUUGUUUUCAAAAGAAGACAAAUUUUCGGACAGCCGAGACCCUGUCAAAAUCAAAAUCGAUUUUGAUCAAAUUGUUGCAUGCAUGAUUUUGACAUGUCCGAAAAUUUUCCGGUUCUUUGUAAAUCCGACCUCAAUUCCAUCGGUUAACGGCACUUCAUUUUCACCCGCAAACGUGGACGAAGUUAUUACAUCCAUUUUUGGCCUAUAUUUCCCAGAAUUUGGCGAGAAGUUGGAGACCUUACCCAGUUUAGAUGUGGCGCCCAUUAGCUUACUGGACAAGGAAAAUCCAGGUAGUGUUUUGCAGAGCAAUGAUGAUGAGCAGUCUGAAAGCGCAUUCUUGUCAAUUUCACAGAGAAUAAAUCCAGAAAAGUACCAGAAGGCUGCUGGAAACUUAGAUGAAAACCUCCUCACACAGUGGAUGAAACUGGAUAUUCUUCCAAGUAUCCAGCAGUACAGAUUACUAGAGAGAGACCUGAGAUUCGUUCACAUUUAUGGGGAGCCAGGCACGGGAAAAACGACGCUUUUGCAAAUUGUGGCUUUUCAGGAAGCGAUGAAAAGCAACAUCGACAAAGUCUAUUUUGCUGUUCCAGAGUCCAAAUAUUGGCUGAGAAGACAAUUAAAAGAGUUCGUUCAAAAAUCUGAUUGUGACUUCUUUGCUCAAAAAUUUGAGCUGAUUGAUCUGGAAAAAUCAAGCAGAGAAGACAAAUGGUCGACGGUUACUUGGAGACAUUUGCAUAGAAGUGUACUACUAGUUGAUGAAGUCAGAUUCGAGUCUCCGCAAAUGAUUGAACUUCAGCCAACAUUUGAAGAGCUCUUCCCUCACUUUGGCAAAGUGUGGAUCAGCAAUAUGGCACCGAUUGACCUCAAUCAAAUUCAAGGCCAAGGGAAGUUCAUCGGCCUAGAAGGAUUCCAUCUAGUUACACUAAACAUACUCUUCAGAAGCGCUGCUCAUAUUGGCGCUCUUUCAUCGAAGUUCUUUCACGCCCGACGUCCCUUUGAUCACGUGAGCGCGAGACUUACUCAGUGUUUUUUGACCAACCAGUCGAAAGACAUUUUCGAGCAACCUUUGCCCUAUAAAAAAGUGGACGACCUUGAACUAAAAUCUGCCGACCCAAGUUACCUCAUAAUUAUUUUGGCCGAUCGAAAUGAAGAAUUCGAGUCGUUAGCCGACCAGCAUGGAGAUAGAGUGAUUGUAGUGAACCGUGAUCAGCUAGGACCCGACGCGAACUUCGAUUUCAGCUUCGGAGGCGCUGAAGUUUCUGUCUUGUUUUUCGUCAUCCACUUUCUCUCCGAAACAGAAGUUCUGCAAAACGAAGAUUAUAUGUGUGCAGUUUUGAAAGUACUUGCCGAAGGAUUCACUCGCGCGCGUUUCAAUUUCCGUUUUUACGUCAAUGACAAACAUCUUGACUUUUUCAAGGCAGUUCUGUCUAUUGUCAGCUGUGAGUUUGAGGAUACUUUGAUCGAGGCCAGAAACGGAGAAUCGGAGGUUGAUAUUUCUCAGAUAACCGAAAGAACAAGAAUCUCCUCUGAGGUUGCAAGAGCUGCCGUGAUUUCCCAAAACAUCCAAGUACUGAAACGAAUGAACAACAAGUUCAUUAAGAAUCUCGAUUAUUCCGAGAUAGCACGAAUAAUUUCAAUUCUUCACGCUGACAUGUCGACGCAGUUUCUAGGAAAGUUUGCGGAGCUUUUUGGUGAACUUAUCAAACCGAUGUUGACAAAUUCGAUCCACGCUGAAAUGAACAUAACCAAUCGAAGCGCGACUUAUAACGAUUUAAUAGCAAACUGCAACGUCGUGAAAUCUGUCUAUGAAUUCCUGAGGAAACGAUGUGUGAAAGUCCUUGAAAUGCUUUUCGGCCUUCUUUCCGAAGAUUCACUUAAGAUCUUGCUAGAAAUAUCCACCAACUUACUAUAUCACGGCGCGUUCAGCGGAGACCUCACAACGUUUAAAUUUGUAGGCGAUCUUCUGAAAAAAUUUGACCUCUGGGAAGACCGUAUCAAUGAAUUAUAUUUUUCAGAAGUCGAAAAAAGUCCACAUAAUUCAAAAACCAGUCAAGCUUUUACAAUAUUGGCGAUGAUAUGCAAAAAUAACUCCAGCACUUCAUGCGUGAAAUUGCUGCUUGAAAAUGGAUUCACCAGAUUUAAUUUAAAAUACAAACACAAUUGCUUGUAUUACGCAAUCUGGUUUGGGAAUCUAGAGACAGUCGAAGCUUUGCUUGAAAAUGCAGUAGCAAGGAAAUGUUAUCUAGACGACUGUGCUAAUGAUUAUGAUGGAAAAACUGCUUUAGAGUUUUCCAAGCUAAUAGGAAAUGAGAAAAUAACUGCCGUACUAUCAAAGUUAGUAUAGGUUAUCUGAAGUAGGAUAAAAAACAGUUAAUCUUAAUAUGUUAAAAAAUAUUUGUAUUUGGCAUUCAAAAGCAUAGAAAAACUCCUUGUUCCAUGCUUUGUAUAGUGCUGAUUUAAAUUUUUUGGAAAA